CAGCAAAGAAAAUCUCUAAUAAUUGCAAAACAACAAUUCAAAUAAUUAUCUACAUUUAAGGAUUUCAUAGCAGCGAAGAUACUGUGCUAACCAAAGCGAGAGAAAAUAUACAUUAUUGCGUUUGCCUAAAUAAUUACAAAUAUGAGACUGGCAACAUUCUUAAUGUUGCUUAUUUGUAUAGGAGCAAAAAACACUGAUGUAGAUCCACUGAAAACAAUUAUCUGGGGCCCAGGAUUGAAACCAGCCGAAAUUACCAUGCGUGCAAGAUACUUCUUUUUGCAACUCGUUGAUUCUCAUGGAAGAAAUUUAACAAAAUCUCCUGGUGAGAAUAUAAUUGCUGGGCAAGUAUAUGGACAAUCCCUCAAUGGUGCAUCAUGUCGCAUAUGGACUCAAAUCUUUGACUGUAAAGAUGGGAGUUUUAUUAUGCGCUACAAAGUUUUUAAUACCUGUUUUAAUGUUAAAAUUAAAGUAAAAAUUAAAGAAACAGAAUUACCAGUGUCCCAUUCAGAGAUCAAAGGUCCUGUUUACGAGGAAGAAUGUUACUGCCCGAAUCCAUCAAUUACUAAUUGGUUGGAUCAUUGCCAGUGUCAACAAAAUUACACUCAAAUACAUCAUGAUCUGUCUCCAUUUUCAAAUAUCGACUUUGAUAAAGUACGUCAAAGCAUUAUCAAAAGAUAUGAUCGACCAACCAGUGUCAGCAUUUGUCAUUACAUAUUGAAAUCUAACAGAAUUUAUAGGCAAUGUUACGGCCAGUACGUUGGCUUUAAAAUAUUUAUGGAUGCUAUAUUGCUGUCACUUGCACGCAAAGUGACACUGCCAGAUAUUGAAUUCUUCGUGAAUUUGGGCGACUGGCCACUUGUUUCCGAUUCGGGACCGCUUUACCCUAUUUUUUCAUGGUGCGGAUCUGAAAGUACGAAAGAUAUUGUUAUGCCUACAUACGAUAUCACGGAAUCAUCUUUAGAAGGGAUGGGAAGGGUAAUGUUAGACAUGCUCUCCGUACAAGGUAAUGGAUUGCCAUGGGAGUAUAAGACUGAGCAAUUAUUUUGGCGUGGACGUGAUGCCAGAAGGGAACGGCUUGACUUAAUAGAUAUUUCAAGAAAACAUCCAGAACUCUUUAAUGUGUCCAUUACUAAUUUCUUUUUCUUUAGGGAUGAAAUAGAUAAAUAUGGACCUGCACAAAAUCAUGUAUCAUUUUUUAAUUUUUUUAAGUACAAAUAUCAAUUGAAUAUUGAUGGCACAGUAGCAGCUUAUCGAUUUCCAUAUUUACUUGCCGGAGAUUCUUUGGUGUUUAAGCAAGAAUCCAAGUAUUAUGAAUUUUUUUAUAAAGAUCUUACACCUGGAUUACAUUAUGUACCUGUAAAAAGUGACCUGUCGGACCUUGUUAAAAAAAUUAUGUGGGCAAAGGAGCAUGAUGAAGAUGGAUUGAGAAUUGUUAAAUCUGCCAGACAAUUUGUUAGGGAUAAUUUAUUACCACGUGAUAUAUUAUGUUACUAUACAGUUUUAUUUCAUGAAUGGAGUAAACGCUUAAAGAGUAAAGUUGAAAUAUUAAAUAACAUGGAAGAAGUACCACAACCUAGUCAUUCUUGUCAGUGUCAUUUUAGAAAUUCAAACUUUCGAGAUGAAUUGUAGU